AUGUUACAGGUAGAACGCAGCUGCGGACACUGGCACUGUAGCACGGCGGGGACGGGGCGGCGGCGGGCGGCAAGAUGCAACCGGCAACGAUGGGACAUGCAGAAGUGUACGUGCGGCAGCGCGGCGGCGUCCCAUGGGUGGCGCUCUGACGUGCCACGGGUACGUGCUCGGGCCGUCUGUGGGACAGGGCGGAUGGAUGGGCUGCACGGCGCGGCGCGACCGCGGCGCACUCGAGUUGCUCGGGCGUGCGCGGCGGCGGCAGUGGUGGCACGGAGAAGGGCGGAGAAACGGGCCGGAUCACGGUGGGGCGGGAUGGGCGGAAACAGACUGAGUUGCGACAGUUGGGGGCUGUACGUACCGUGCAGCACGUGCAGCAAACAGUGGGUGCGGCAGCUCGUAGCGCCGGCGGCGAGAUGA